ACCUUAAAGAACAGAAUUAGUGCUCUCACAAUUCGUCGAUUUGUGCACUUUGUAAUCAAAAACAGGUUUUAUGAGUCAGAGCUCAUUAAACCUGUAGUAACUUUUGUCAUAAACUUAAAAGACAUCACUUUCGAAGAAAGGAAGAAUUUCUCAAUAAAGUUUAUUCGAUACUUUAUGCCUAUGAAAAGAAAUUGUUCCACUGAUAGCAUACAACACAUUUGA